CAGAUACAAACGCGGGAAACAAUUGAAAGUGACUGACGGACUGAAAACGCGAAGUGCCAUCGCAGACCAAACAUCAUUUAUAUCGCGCUGAUCAUACUGUGCUCUCUUGUAACUAAACAGCGAGCAUUGAAGGAAACACCCUACUACCGGUGACUCAACCAAACCUCUCUGACAUCGAGUCUCCUCCCCUGCCUUGAAUCCUACAGACACGAAAGACCAAACUCGGCUUUCAAUCCGACACCCCCGUUCUGAACCCAACCCAAACCUCUACCUGACUCAAGAGCCCUCAAACCCAAUAAACCAAACCAACAAUGUCUAUUCACGACCGCACCACCACUGGUACCGGCACCACCGGCAACACCCAUAGCCACAGCCAUACCCACGGGACCGCAGCCACAACCUCAAACACAAAUCCUACCGACAACUCCGCGCCCUACGCCACGUCCGACCCGACCGCACACCCGGACGCCAAACCGACCAGCAAGCUCGUAGGCGACAUCAAAGGAGCCGCGCACGGCGUCGCAGGCAGCCUGCAAGCCGCGACCGGAACAAUGCUGCGCAACGACAAGAUGGCCGAAAAGGGCUUUGAGAAGAUGAACGACGAAGAUGCCCGGUUGGCUGCAAAGAGCGGGAAACCGCCUGUUGGCUCGGAGACGAGAGAAGAAACUGUGCCUGUGUCUGCGUCCUCUGCAACUGGUACUACUGGUACAACUACUACUGGUACUACUCGGCCAUAAAUCGAGUUACGACAAGAGACACAGACGCGCGCACGCAGGCAGGCAAGAUUACAGACACAGUACCGUUCAGCAGUGCUUCACAGUAAUCGUUCAGCAGUGCUUCCCCCGGGGUUAUCCUUGGCUACCGGCGCCAGGUGGAAUUUGCUGCUGCUACAAAGCACACAGCACGAGGCAUUCAUUCCAUGAAUUGUCUGACGAUACGGGAAUAGCAAGUCAUAAACUGAUGGAGCAGAGCUUGUGAGAGCACAACGGCUCGGAGCGACGCUGGCCGCAGGGUAAUCUGGAGAUCGCUAGCAGCCGAGGGCAUACAUUACAGCAAUGACGGAACAAAGUCAACCAAGCCAGACCCAAUCCAGCCAGCCCAGCCGCAAAGUACAACUACUCCUGUCUUUCUCAGUAUCCCUCCACAAGGCUCUUCAAGUCCACAACUAGAGGCAGUGGACCGAAGCGCAGCCUAAUGCUACUCUGACUAGGUCUAUACGAUUUUCAUACUCUCAAUACUAGUAUUUGAGACCCCC